GACCAACAGCGCCCACUAAUUCCUCUCUUUUCUCUGCCUUUUGCAACCAAAACCAUAGCCAUAACCAUGGCUUCCCAAACCCAAACAGAGCCAUGGCUGCUCGAAAACGGAACCCUCAAGCGCUUGACCAAAGACAGCCGCCAUGGCCACGGUCGAACCGCCCACAACAUGUCCUCCUCCUCCCUCCGCAAAAAGUCCGAUUUAACCCUCGUCUCCAAGAUCCGCUUCCCCUGCCUCCGCAACUUCCUCAUCAACCUCCAGGAGGUCAUUUUGGGAACUAAGCUCUCCAUUCUCUUCCCCGCCAUUCCCCUCGCUAUUAUCGCUCAAAUCUUUCGCUUUGGAAGACCUUGGGUUUUCGCUUUGAGCUUGCUUGGCCUCACGCCAUUGGCCGAACGUGUCAGCUUCCUCACCGAGCAAAUCGCUUAUUUCACUGGUCCAACAGUUGGGGGGCUUUUGAAUGCAACGUGUGGAAAUGCGACAGAAUUGAUAAUUGCAAUUCUUGCACUUACUCAACGAAAGAUAGACGUGGUGAAGUAUUCUCUUCUGGGUUCUGUUCUUUCAAACCUUCUUCUUGUCCUUGGAACCUCUCUCUUCUGCGGUGGCAUUGCAAAUAUGAGAACCGAGCAGAAUUACGACAGGAGGCAAGCCGAUGUCAAUGCACUGAUGCUGAUGCUUUCAUUACUGUGCCACCUGUUGCCGUUAUUGUUUGGCUACGCCGCCUCCUCCGCCGCCACCGCCGCCGCCUCCACCCUCCACCUGUCCAGAGCCAGCAGCAUCGUUAUGCUCUCCGCUUACAUUGCUUAUUUGGUCUUCCAGCUCUGGACUCACCGCCAGUUAUUUGAAGAGGAUGGUGACGACGACGUCGUUUCUGAUGAAGAGGCCGUGAUUGGAUUCGGGAGUGCAUUUGCAUGGCUUAUAGGAAUGACAAUCCUCAUUGCGCUGCUGUCGGAAUACGUUGUCAACUCAAUUGAGGAAGCAUCAACUUCUUGGGGUUUGUCAGUGAGUUUCCUUAGCAUAAUUUUGCUACCGAUUGUUGGAAACGCUGCUGAACACGCGGGAGCUAUCAUAUUUGCUUUCAAAAAUAAAUUGGACAUAACUUUGGGGGUUGCUUUGGGGUCUGCGACACAAAUUGCAUUGUUUGUGAUUCCAAUGUGUGUGAUCGUGGCGUGGACGAUGGGAGUGGACAUGGACCUGAAUUUCAACAUAAUGGAGACGGGCUCGCUUGGGCUGGCCAUUAUUGCCACAGCCUUCACUUUACAAGAUGGAACCUCUCACUAUAUUAAAGGCCUUAUUCUUUUGCUGUGCUACAUUAUUAUUGCUGCUUGCUUCUUUGUCUCCAAGACCCAACCAGAUGAUAGCAAUGCUCCAAUUCCCAACAUGGGAAUCCAAUCUUCAAACCAAGCAAUCUUCACAGCUUAAAAGGUUUAAAGUAUUUGGGUGUCAGCCAAUUCCCAAAGGAGAGGGACUUCUUUUGAAAUUUCCGUGAGAAGAAGGACCAAAAGAAAAAGACAAAAUCAAAUGGAUCUUUUAUUGAAUUCUUUGAUUUCAAAUUGGCCUCAACUUUGCCUGCUUGUCGGAGAGCUUGGGAAAUUUCAAAUGUUGGGCGCUUGAUGAAGACAGCUGCUGGGGUAAAAAUUAAAUCAUGCCAACCUGCGGCCCUUAAUUAUUUGCAAUCAAAAUUAUGUCUUCUUUUUCUUUUAAUCUUUCUUUUUUACGUCUUGGAGUUCUUAAUGUAUCAUAAGAAAAUAGGGGAGUGUGGGACAAGGGGUGAUUUCUUGUUUCUGCUCUUGUCGUUGAUCGUUGUAAUAAUUGGUAAGUUCAAGUAAUGAAAAUGAUGUUUUAUUUUUCCCUC